GCCGCCUGCCCCUGCCCGGCGUCUGCCCCGCCCCUGAUCGCCGUGGAUCCUCGCGCGCCGCGCGCGUCUGGCCCCCUCCUCCGUUGUGCCCCGCGGGGACAUUCACGAGCGCGCGCACCUCCUCGCGCAGAGGAACCCGGAGUUGGGAGGCUCCGAGCGAGCUGCGAUUGGCUGACGUGGAGGCUGCGCGUCUGGCCUGAGAAACUCUGGACGAGAGCGCAGAGUCUGCUCCCGGGGCUGUGCAGGGCGCAUCACAGUUAAUCCAAAAGUAAAUGAGGAACUUAGAAAAAGAUUGCCAACUCCAGAUCAACAUAUUUAGAGAAAAUUGGAAUAGGAGAAGCUAGCUACAGCUUUAUUUGAGGACUUUUUAAAGAACGCAGAGUUCUAGCUGUGAGCCUCAAAUCUUGGCGCAAAAACCAGAGACAUUGCCAGAGCAAACAAGAACAGAAGUGCAAAUGGAGGACUGGUCAAAAGACAUAACCCAUAGUUACCUUGAACAAGAGACUACAGGCAGAAAUAAAAAUACCCAGCCGGAUGAGCAACUGCCUGUGAAUUCUAAGGAAAGCAUGCAUCAGAAAUCCAAUGAAUUAGUUAAUGAAGCUACAUAUGAGAGCACAGAACUGCCAGAGCAGAGAUCAAGGAAUUUUCAAGUCGUCAGCCGUCAUCCAGGUGACGAGACAGCUUACUGCACUGCAGGAAAAUCCAAUUUUCUUCAUUACAGCAUCAUGGACCACAGAAGUAAUGAUUUGCAUUGCGAAUGUACAAAUCCUUGUCAGGUUACUUCAGAUUUAAGUAAAGAGGAGACAAUAGCAUUGCUUCUAAAAGAACUGAACAUUCUCAAAGCAAGCAAUAAAAAGCUUCAAGAAAAACUGAGUAAAGAAGAUAAAGAACACAGAAAACUGAAGCUUAAACUGGAACUCCAAGAAAAAGCAACAGAAGCUCAAAUUGCUGGAAAGACAGCAGCUCUGGUUGAAGAGGUGUAUCUUGCACAGAAAGAACGUGAUGAAGCUAUUAUGUCUCGACUGCAGUUAGCCAAUGAGGAGAGAGAUGAAGCAAUUGCACGAGCCAAGCAUAUGGAAAUGUCUCUAAAAUUGCUAGAAAAUAUUAACCCUGAAGAAAAUGACAUGACAUUACAGGAAUUACUGAACAGAAUAAACAAUGCAGACACAGGGGUAGCUAUUCAGAAGAAUGGAGCUAUAAUUGUGGAUAGAAUCUACAAGACCAAGGAAUGUAAAAAGAGAAUAACUGCAGAAGAAAUGAACGCAGUGAUUGAAGAACGAGAUGCUGCUUUGUCUCAGUGCAAACGGCUGGAGCAGGAGCUUCAUCAUCUGAAAGAGCAGAAGCAGACUUCAGCAAACAACAUGAGACAUCUGACUGCUGAAAACAAUCAAGAACGUGCAUUGAAGGCAAAGUUGUUAGCUAUGCAACAAGCCAGAGAAACCUCAGUUCAGCAGUACAAAAAACUGGAAGAAGAAAUCCAGACACUUCGAGUUUACUACAGUUUACACAAAUCUUUAUCCCAAGAAGAAAAUCUGAAGGAUCAGUUUAAUCUUACACUUAGUACCUAUGAAGAAGCUUUAAAAAAUAGAGAGAACAUUGUUUCCAUCACUCAACAACAAAAUGAGGAACUGGCUACCCAACUGCAGCAAGCUCUGACAGAUCGAGCAAACAUGGAAUUAGAGCUUCAGCAUGCUGUAGAGGCCUCCCGAACAGCCAAUGAUAAAGUUCAGAAUCUGAGUUUAAGAGUUCUCUUCGUGUGUGGGCCCUGGACUUUGUCCCCUGCUCCAUUAGGAGGCCAUGGAAAACCAGAGCUCAACCUCACCUUGAUCAUAAGUCAAAUGCUCUCAAGGUAAAAACCUUGCCCUUCAUGCUUCACAUACCAUUAAGGGUUCCCAGUUGUACUUAGAUUUACUCUCUGUAUUCCUUACCUACUUGCCAAUGUAAUGAUGCAUUUAAGAAGAUGUUUCUCAUUUUCUGUACAACAUUUUUAGUUGUUCACUAUGAGAGGUUCCGGGUCCUUCGUAGGAAACAGUAGCCAGGGCUGAAUGUUAUUAAAUUUACACAAAUACACACACACACACAGGUAUAAUUAUACUGCUAAUAAAAUGUUCUGAAUUUAGUAUCACUUGUAUACAUGAUUAAAAUGAGUAGGUUAUAAAUUUACCUUCCAAGAUCCAUAAUUGCAGCUCUUUGUCCCCACCAGUAACUACAAGCAGUUUUUCAUUAAAGAAAAGAAAAUGAUUGAAUAAUCCAAAUUAGCCUGGGCAAGAAAACUAACAGCUGCCUAAAAGGAAACGUUUGAGUUAUGAGCCAUGUGCCACUUUGGUUUAUCUGCAGCCAAAAGGUUCAGAAUCCUUAUUCAAUUAACCAUGUUGCUUGGGAGGGCUUGGUUGCCCUGAAUAAGAGCUGCCUGGUGAUGAGUAAGAGGUAUCCGUGACACACAAGUUCAGACCUUGCAACUCUGUUUUUGUUGUUUGAACUUUCUUCUCUGUUGUAGCUAGGGAUCCGGUAUGGAAUUUAAACACUUGUGUGGUAACCCCAUUCCUUCAGCCAUUGUGUUGUUAAGCUCUAGCUAACGAACUUUUAACACUUGUUCCAUGUAAGGUAAGACUUAGAAAACAGCAGCAGUCAACAUUUCUGGCAUUAUAAAUAAAACCAUAGGCUAUGUGUUUAGGAAAGUAAGAUGCUGUUGCCUGUCUAUUCCAACUGAACCCCACCCAAAAGUAGCCUUUAUGAUAUAUAUGAAAAAAUAAAAAUAAACCAAGGUAGCACCUAAGAAAGC